UACAAUUUAGUAUAGAGGUAGUCAACUACUUAUUAUUUCUAUCUUUCAGGAAGCAGUUCUUUUCAAGUUCACCAAUUUUGUAUGUGAAAAUAAUGCUAAGUCUGUUCUUACUGUCGAGGAAUGUCGCUUACGAGCUGUUAGUCGCGACAGAAAUACUUUCAACUUGAACGUAACACUACUGCAUCCAGUUAAUUGGGCUCGAAUUGAUGGACAAAUGUUUAAGAAGGGCGGAAGCCUUAGCUAUCAGCCUUGGCUAUACUCUGCAUCAAUUGAUGGCUGUCGUUUUGUUAAGCGACCUUAUCAUCCCAUUGCUCUUAUUGUCUAUAGGUUGUUUAAGCCGUUCUCCAAUCUCAACCACACUUGUCCCUAUGAGGGUUCGAUUCUUGUAAAAGGAUUUUAUUUGAGGUGGAACAUAUUACCAAAUGCAAUACCAACUGGUGAAUAUAUGUUAAGCAUGAACUGGAUCUUUUCUAAUAAUUCAACGUUGUUAACAAAUGCAUAUUUUGUUUUCAAAGAGGAUGCCUAAGAUUCUUAAGUACUUUUAAUGUGAAUAUAAUAUAAGAAUACUGUUUAAAAAUGAAUAUGCUA